AUGGGUCAUUGGAAUGUCUGGAACUCGCAUCCAAAGAACUGCAGCCCUGGGUAUCGUGCCUGCCGAGUUUGUGGAAACCCACAUGGGUUGAUCAAGAAGUACGGGCUUAUGUCUUGCAGGCAGCGCUUCCGUAGCAAUGCCAAGGAAAUUGUCUUCAUCAAGUAUCGUCAAGGGAGCAUUUUUGGGAGGGAUGCGUUGCCAUCGCCGAAGUGCUCACCGCUUCCGCCAGCGAUCACCCCGACUUUGUACGCGGUACUGGAAGUGGAGCCUCCCUGCGACGACACUCGUGUGCUACGAAGCCACUUCAAGAGGCUCGCUCUCCUCUUGAACCCCGCCGAGAACAAGUUCGCCUUCGCCCAGGAAGCCUUCGAUCGCGUCACCUAUGCGUGGUCCGUCUUGUCCUAUCCCGCCAAGAAGGCUCAAUACGAUGCCGAGGCGGAACAGAAACAGACGCCUGACCCAGAAUCUCCUCAGCGAAGCUCCGGCAAAGAGGAAACCGAGCUCUCUGAUGGCGGUUUGGGUGGCGGAACGUUCUGGACGGUGUGUCCCUACUGUUACUAUGUGUAUGAGUACGAUCGGUUUUAUGAAGGGUGUUGCUUGAAGUGUCAAGCUUGUAUGAGGGCAUUUCAUGGGGUUGCUAUAGCAGCACCGCCGCCGACGAUUCCUGGGAAGGAUGAGUACUGCUGCUGUUCCGCAUAUUUCCCGAUGGGGUUCAUUACGCCGGAAGGCAGUGGCGGAGGGAUGGGGAUUCAGGCUGGUUGGCCUUUCUCGCCGAUGUUUUCAAGUCGUCAAGCGGAGGAGAAGGAGAAGGAUUCUCUAAAUGUUAAUUCUGAGAACGUAGAAACCGGGGAAGGGAAGAAGUGGACUGAGAACAUGGGAAUGCAUGAGCAUGAAAGAAGGGGUGAAAGGGGAAAAAUGCCCUAUUUUGCGAGGCCUUCUGCGCGGAACAACCAAACCGCGGCAAGCAAUACGAAGAAAAUAAUGGGGAAAGGAGUUAAGAAACACGAAACCGGAAGAUUGAAUUUGAAUGCAGGCGUAGAGACGGAGUCAGAGACAGAGGAUGGAGAGCCUGGUAUUGUACAGCAAAGCACUGCCUGCGCCUGCCGAUGGUUGAUUUGA